CAGCGGCCGGAUAGACGAUCGACGCUCGCUGCGCCUUACAACAAGAAAAUGGCCGGUCAGGAAGACCCCGUACAGAGGGAGAUCCACCAAGACUGGGCGAAUCGAGAAUAUAUCGAGGUUAUCACGAGCAGCAUCAAGAAGAUCGCUGACUUUCUAAACUCUUUUGAUAUGUCCUGCCGCUCCCGCUUAGCAACUCUGAAUGAGAAAUUGACUGCACUGGAGAGGAGGAUUGAGUAUAUAGAAGCAAGGGUGACGAAAGGGGAGACGUUGACUUAAACCCUGAUGGGAUCAAGAUACCAUACAACAGCUCCGUUGGAGAGCGGCAAACAGACUUCAUUUUCUUCCAUUUCCACACAAGUUAAUCUUUUAAAAAUAUGACUGUAUAUUUUAGAUCUAUAACCAAUUAUAUGGGACCAGUGUGGAGUCUUUCCACAUUAUGGUGUGACUAUUAUUUUUAAGCCCAAGGUUCUGGUAUAAAGAGUCCUACAGGACCUUUGGAUCUUACAUUUGGUACUCUUCAGCAAACACAUUGCUUUUGAAUAAAUUGCUCAAGUUAAUAUGACACACAAAUUUCAUUGUAGUGAUACCUCUGAAGUUGUUUUGGAAAUGUUACUGAUGCAUUGGAGUGUAAUGUAAAAAGCGCAUUAUGACUGGCUUGACAUUACUCGUUACUAAUUUUUACCCGUUGAAAAAAAAUGCCUGACACAACCAAUAAGUAACAACGUUAAAUACUCUGGUGUUUUCGCAUACCUCUGUUUCCCUACCCCUCUGUCUAAAAGGGAAUAUCCCCCACCCCCAUUAUAUAGCAUAGGUGUACUGAAUAUGCAGAGAGCUUGUGCAGUCAGGAAUCUUGAAUAAGAAAACCCUUUGCAGAACAAGCAGUCCUCUUUCUUUGUGGUGUUUUAUGGUGAUGUGCAGAUCACGUUGUGCAAUAGCAAGUUUACUGGACAGAGAAGGGAGUCAAAGUGCCAAGUCCUCUCACUUGCUGUGG